AUGUUGCAAUAGCAUAAUUACGAAAAUCUUUUUAAUAGCAUCAAGUAAUAAAUUAUUAUAGAAAAAAGUUAAUUUAUAUAUAAAUCUGUAUCAUAUGGUGUCUCACUUUUGAUAAUUAACAUAAAUAGUAUAAUUAAAUAUUGCAUUAUAAAAAAUAAUUUUGCAGAUAUUAGAGGUGCAGUUUACUAUUCAUCAGAGAAAGAAUCAUAAUAUAUUUUCGAUUCAAAAAUAAUUGAAAAUAAAUCAGAGAUUUCAAGAAGUAUAUAUUUAGGUUUUUAACCACUGUAAUUAACUAAAUAAUUAGAUUUAUAAUUUGAUUCUAAUAAUUCAAAAUUAUAUGGAUCUAAUGUAUUAGAAAAACCAAUAACAUUAAUAUUAUCUAUUAAUGGAGAUUAAACAUUAGAAGAAAUAAAUAAGAAUUCCUGAUAAAGAGAUUAUUAAACAAAUUAUUCUUAAUCCAUAUAAGAUAUUAGGUUCCUCUUAGAAAAAUUAUUAAUUAAUAUUGCCUUCUGGUAUAACAAUAGACAAUUAUAGGUAUUUUGAUCCAAUCAAAUCAGAAUUUAUUCCUUAUAAUCCUACAUUUAGGAUUAUUGCUUUGGAUAAGUCUUAUGAAUAAAUUAUGGGGUUGUAAGAUUCUUAUUGUAUUUGAUAUCCAAAAGCUAAUAAUUUAAGUUCUUAAAAAGAUUAAUAUGAUGUAUUUAAUGAAACUACUGGUGAUUAUAAUUUAGAUAAUCUAAUUAUUUACUUCAAUCCUACUUAUAAUCAAGAUUUAGUUCUUUGAUUGUAAAUUUAAUGUAAUAGUGUUUCAGUCCCUUUAUAUGAAGAGAGUCCACUUUUUUUAAUUUAUAAUUAUGUCGCAAAUUAUUAAUUUUAGGUGGACAUAAAAACAUUUCCUUGUCAAUUAGGUGAAUUCUUAAAUUAAACUUCUGGUAAAUGUGUUCUUUGAUAUACAUUUUAAAAUUUAUAUUAAGUAUCUUGGGCAACACAUUUUAUCAUUUGGUGGAGAAUAGCAAUGGUGGUUGGAAACCUCGAGAUGA